AUGGGGGACGUAUCUGGCGGCCACGAUGGCCAGCACCACGUGUCUAACAUGCUCGAGGACAAAUACAUCGGCCUCACCCUAGCCAUCGUUUCUACACUCGCAAUCGGAACCAGCUUUGUCAUCACCAAGAAGGGACUCAACGAUGCCGCAGAUAAACACGGGUUUGAAGGGGAAGGGUACGCGUAUAUGAAAACGCCGCUGUGGUGGGCAGGGAUAGGAUCGCUGGUGAUUGGCGAAGCUGCCAAUUUCGCAGCAUACGCUUUUGCGCCUGCCGUUCUCGUCACACCUCUGGGCGCGCUCAGUGUGCUUAUUGGAGCCGUUCUUGGAGCCUAUUUUCUUGGGGAAGAGUUGGGAGUAUUGGGAAAACUGGGAUGUGCCAUCUGUCUGCUUGGUAGUGCGAUUAUUGUGCUUCAUGCGCCGCCCGACGAGGAUAUUGAGACAGUGGAUCAGAUUCUGGCGUAUGCGAUUAAACCAGCGUUCAUCAUUUAUUGUCUGGCAGCGGUUGUCUUCUGCCUUGUCAUGAUCUAUAAAGUCGCCCCAGUGUACGGCAAGAAGAAUCCGCUGAUUUACAUGUCGAUUUGUUCUACUGCCGGAUCGGUGUCGGUCAUGUCGAUCAAGGGGUUUGGAAUUGCUGUCAAGCUAACUUUCGCGGGGAAUAACCAAUUCUCACACCCUUCGACGUACGUGUUUAUGGUUGUCACGGUCGUGUGCAUUCUCACGCAGAUGAAUUACUUCAAUAAGGCGCUCAGCCAGUUUUCGACCUCGAUCGUCAAUCCCUUGUACUACGUCACAUUUACCACCGCCACGUUAUGCGCAUCGUUUAUUCUGUUCCAGGGAUUCAACACGACGGACGCGACAAACACGCUCUCUCUUCUCUGCGGGUUUCUCGUCAUCUUCUCGGGGGUAUACCUGCUCAAUCUGUCGAGAGGAGAUCCAGAUGGCCAUCGCUUACUCAAUGGGAAAAUCCCCGAUGAAGAUGGGAUCCCGACCGACGCUCUAGCCGGCCUGCAGACACGACGAAGUAUGCAAGCGAGAAGAAGCCUGGAUCCGCACCGACGAAGUAGCAGCCUCACGUACAGUCCCGGUGGCAUGUUAUCGGGCGGAAGUCGACACGCGAGUGCGGAGAGUGCAGGUCUCAUGCAAAACUACGAUGUCGAGCACGGUGCUUUUGGAUUGUCGGAUCUCGUGGAGGAUCCCGAAGAGUUGGCGACGUCGAGUCGAAACGGUAGUCCCAGAGCCAGAGGCGAGCCAGUGACGAGAAUACGCGACAGGCCUCAUCAAAAGGGCCUGGAUCGGUGA